UUAAUUGUAUUGAUAGGGAAAACAUAUUUUCCCACCAAUUCAAGGAAUGGGGAAAUCAGGAUCAGUCACUAGGGCCUACUGAUAGACUCCUUGAUGGCUGAGUAGUAUCUUCAUGUAACAAAAUUCACAAAAAAUACAGGGGACGGAACUUAAAUCCAUGGUGGUUGGGUUAAUGUAUUUAUAUAUAUUUUUGUAAAUGUUUGAAAAUGAUACAUAAUUUUCUUCUACUGUAUAGCUGGAGCUACAAGAGGCAGAAGAGAUGCGCUACAUGUAUGAAUCACAGUGUAUGCAGUUAGAGCAAACCAUGUGCAAACUUCGUGAAGAGAAAGAAGCCAUGGAGAAACUAUACAAGGAAAGAAGCCAGAAGUUAAGCCGACAGAUUGAAAUGUUAAAGCAAGAUAAUCUACGAAUGGAUGAACGUAGGAGAACAGAUAUAAAGGGUUUCCAGUCAGACAUUCGCCUGAUCAAAAAUGACAUGAAGACUAUUGUUCAUCAGAUAUAUAAGAUAACUAUGACACUUUCAGGGACUGACACUAUGCCUGUAGACCUUAGUGCUCUAAAUGAAAUUCAGGCAGUUAGUGCACUUGUGAGAGCAGUACAAAAGAUGAUUACGGAUACAAAAAGGAAUAUUCUGAAGUUAGAGGCUGAUAUCAAUAAUCCUAAUGGAUGAUCCUGCCAUGUAUAUUUCAUUAAGAAAUAUGAAACUAUGAUGAUAAUGUUUGCCUCAUAGUAUUUCUUUUACCAGGUUGAAUUGCCUCCAAGAAACAACUGUACAUGUUAAAUAGGCAUGCUUAAGUGUUUACAUAUACCAAAGUGGAUAUAAUGUCUUUCCAGUUGUAGUCCAAGGUAGAUGAGCCUGGUGAAAGGUGGAGGGAAAUUUUAUCUCGCUAUGCUGUGUAAAUACAUUUUCUCCAAAAAUAUAUACUUUUUAUAAUUU